AUGAAAGUUCUGAUUGUCCUCGUCCUGCUGGGCCUGUGCUGCUGGCCUCUUCCCGGGGCAGCGGGCAGCGGGCACAUCUGCGGAGGCUCCCUCAUCCAUCCCCGCUGGGUCCUGACCGCAGGACACUGCUUUGACAAGUACAGGAACGUCCCGACGUGGCGCAUGGUGAUCGGGGCCACCCGGCUGUCUGAGCUGGGCCCCGAGGCCCAAGUGCGCAAGAGCAAGCGGCUGCUGAUCCACGAGAGCUACCGCAAAGGCGCCUUGGAGAACGACAUCGCCCUGCUGGAGCUGGACGAGCCCGUGCAGUGCAGCGACUACGUGCAGCUGGCCUGUGUGACUCACUUCUCCGACGUGGUGGUGUCGCAGCUCACAGACUGCCGCGUCGCUGGCUGGGGCUACACCGCGGAAGGCUGUGAGUGCCCCCGGGAAACUGCAGAAACAUCCGACGUGCUGCAGGAGGCCAAGGUCCGCCUCAUCAAUGUCAAGCUCUGCAACAGCAGCGAGUGGUACGGAGGGGCCGUGCACAGCUACAACCUGUGUGCUGGCUACCCGCAGGGCAGCAUCGACACUUGCCAGGGUGACAGCGGGGGCCCGCUCGUCUGCAGGGCUCCACAUGUCAACUUCUUCUGGCUCGUGGGCCUGACCAGCUGGGGGAAAGGCUGUGCCAGACCAAAGCAGCCUGGGGUCUACACCUCCACCCAGCACUUCUUCAACUGGGUGCAGUCACGGAUUCGUUCAGGAGGAAGUGCUGCGACACUCGCCCGGCCAAAGAGGCCAUCACAAGGCUCAGCCCUGGCAACAGCAGCAGUGACUGAGUCCUGCUCAUUCCCACUCCAGAAGCUGAUGGAUUUCGUUAAUUGGAUCCAGCAGCUCCUGCAGUCUCUGCAGUGUCUUGGUCUGCUGCUGGAUUUAAAUGGCACUGACACGGGCUUGGUGGAACCUGCCUGUCCCGUGAAGAAGACAGGGCCUGGCAGGAAGUCUCCCCCAAGAAGAAAAUCCCGGCAGUCCGACGUCACUGUCUGGGCAAUAGAUGUGCCAAAGGGCUCCGGCAGGGCCUGUAUCUCAGGGGGUGCUUUUAGCGAGCGGCGGCACGCGGCUCCUUCCCCUCAGCGGCCACGAGCAGGGGCAGCGCCCGUCGCUCCGGCACCGCGGCACCGUUCCAGUCGGGCGCCGUGCCGGGCGGCCCCGGGGCCGCGGCGGCGGCGGGUCGAGUCGGGCGCCGCUCGGGGCGGCCCCGUCGCCGCGGUAACGGGGCCCUUCCGUGCGGGCGGCGCCGGGGCCGAGCGCGGCUCGGCGGCUGCCGGAUCCUCGCCGGGAUUCCCCUCCCGGAGCCGCGGCGCCGCCGCCUCGGGGGCCUCUGGCACAAGGGAUCGCCGUGCCGACCGGCGGCUCGGGAAGAACGCGGCGUGCGGCGCUGCUCUGGAGGCCGGGACGGGCGGCUGGAGUCGGGCCGUGCCGGUGAGCGCAGGCUCGGCUCAGGGGCUGCGGCUCGCCGCGGCUGCUCCGGCCUCUCGGCUGCUGCCGGCCGCCGCCCUGGAGCUUGUCUGUGCUUCCCUCCCUGUGGCAGGUGCAGGGAAGCGGGCUGAAGGCAGCCGGUAA